AUGAGCUGCGGCCGCCCCCCUCCCGACGUGGACGGCAUGAUCACCCUCAAGGUGGACAACCUGACCUACCGCACCUCUCACGACAGCUUGAGGCGCGUGUUCGAGAAGUACGGGCGCGUGGGCGACGUGUACAUCCCGCGGGAGCCCCACACCAAGGCGCCCCGGGGCUUCGCCUUCGUCCGCUUUCACGACCGGCGCGACGCCCAAGACGCCGAGGCCGCCAUGGACCGGGCCAUGCUGGACGGACGCGAGCUGCGGGUGCAGAUGGCGCUCUAUGGCCGCCGGGACCUGCCUUGCAGCAGCCAGGAAGAGCCACGCGGCAGGUCCUGGGGCGGCCGCUACGGACGGCGGAGCCGCAGCCCCAGGGGGCGACACCGCAGCCAAUCCCGGGGUCCCAGCUACUCUAGGUCCCGCAGCAGAUCUCACUAUGGGGGGUCUCACUAUAGCCCGUCUCCCUGCAGAUCUCGCUACUGCCGAUCUCCCUACAGACGAUCUCAUUACAGGGGAUCUCGCUACGGCCGAUCUCCCUACAGUCGAUCUUACAGCCGGCAUCACCACAGCCGAUCUCCCUACAGGGAAUCUCACUACAGGGAAUCUCGCUACAGGAGGUCUCCCUACAUCCGGUCUUCCCGCAACAGGUCUCCCUACAGCCGCUCUCACUCGAAGUCUGGGUCUCGCUCUCGAUCUCCAUCAACCUCCAAAUCCAGCUCUCCGCGAAGAUCCAAGUCCUCCUGUGUCUCCAGAUCUUGUUCACAGUCCAGGUCUAGAUCUACGUCCAGGAAUCCUCCCCCCACAUCCAAGAGGGAAUCCAAGUCCAGGUCGCGAUCCAAGAGUCCUCCCAAGUCUCCUGAAGGGGAAAAAGGACAAGUGCCCUCCUAGGAAAAUGAUCAUCAGCUAACGCGUGAUGGAGGACUUGGGGAAAAGGACUCCAUACUCAGUCCAUGGAAGCAGAGUCACUGGAAGAAGCGACUGCCUAAUGAAACAGUUGUGUGACAUUUGUCUACCUUUUUUUUUUUUUUUACCAGUUUGAAGCGUUGCUUCAGAUGGCAAGAUUCAUUUUAUGUGCCAUUUUGUUGUUUUCAAAUUUUCUUGUAAUUUAGUGAGGUCAACGACUUUAGAUUGGAUUUGGAUAUUUGAGGGGAAAUUUUAUGUUUGUCUUUUUUGUGUGUGUUUUAUUUUUGAGAUGUAGUCUAGCUCUGCUGCCCACGCUGGAGUGCAGUGGCGCCAUCUGCAUCUUCCACCUCCUGGGUUCGAGCAAUUCUCAGGCCUCAGCCUCUGGAGUAGCUGGAAUUACAGAUGCCAGCCACCACGGAGGGCUAAUUUUUGUAUUUUUGGAUUUUUGGUAGAGACGGGGUUUCACCAUGUUGGCCAGCCUGCCCUCGAACUCCUGGGCUCAAGUGAUCUCCUCACCUUGGCCACCUAAAGUUCUGCGAUUACAGGCCUGGCUGCAUAGCGGUUGAGUGAUGCUGGUUAGCUGUUAAGGUGGCCUGUUGCAGUGCAGAGUGCUGAGCUGUUUCCUGUUUUCUUCUGAUUGCUCCUGAAAAAAGAAGCCCUGUCCUGAAGAACAAAUGGCUGUUCAGUUUAUUAAAAUGCCUGUCAACUGCCCUUCCAGUCACCCAGGCCUGGAAGAGAAAUAAUAGAGCAUGCAGUGAGCACAUCUAGCUGAUAUGAUAAUCACACCUCUUCCCCCUCUCUAUUCUGUUAAAUGGCAAAUCUGAUCAUGUCAACAUACAUGAACUUAAAAUAUGGGGAAUGUUAUGGAAGAAAUGGCUUGUAACUGUAGGUACUUAUAACAUGGUGUAUGUUUUUGAUUGUGAAUAUUUCUUACUAUAACCAUGUUUCUAUCAUUGAAUUAAAAUGUUUUCUUGGUGUAACCUUUUCUCAAAAUAAAACUAGAAAUAUUUUGU